AUGGCUGCCCCACUGAACUACACCCAGCCUUCGACAGAAGCUGAAUCAUUCCAAACGGAUACCAAAGACGAAUACAAGACACGCUCAACAUCGCCCUUUCCCAUUCCCGAAUGUCGCUACCACCCUGCUUUCUGUUUCUCUCCCUCCAUCUUCGAGGACAUACCGACAAUCACACUCUGCUCCACACAGGGGACGCUGUACGCUGUUCCGAUGCACACUCUCCGCACGACGUCGGAGUUCUUCGCGACAAUGUUUACCCUCCCCUCGGCGGCUCCUCUCGGAAUUUUGGACGUAUAUGAGCCCGACAUUCUACUCGAACCGCUCCUCCGCAUAAUUUGCGGCCUUUCAACACCCGCCUGGGACUCCUUCGAGCCCACGGGGAUCUCGGAGCUGUUCUUCCUCGCCGACCGCUGGGCCAUGCCCAGCGCCCUCGAAACGCUCCGCCCCAUCCUGUCCGCCCCCUGGUUCCUGGGACAGAAUCCCCUCCGCGCUUACGCCCUUUCCGUCCACUUUGACUGGACGCCCGAGAUCCAGCUCGCCUCCUCCCACACGCUCGACACCGACCUCCUGUCGCCGACCGCCGCGGAGGCGGAGAUCAUCGGCACGCUCGCCGGCCCGGCGUUCCUCGCACUGCUCCGCCUGCAUCGCACACGCCUCGCGAUGUUCCGCGCGCGGCUGAACUCGCCCGAGCGCUUCCUCGCGGGGAACAGCUCGCCGUUCUUCUGCUCUGCCUGUGCGCGAACACCGCUCGACAACUCCUCCUGGCGGGCACUCAAGGCGCGGCUCAUCCGCUGUCUGGAGGAAGAGCCGUCGGGCGAGGCGCUCGGCAUCUACGGCGAGGCCGUCGUCGGGGGAAUGCAUUCGUGGCCAGAGACGAAGGCGUGUUGGGACGCGCGGUGUGUCAAGGCGGACUGUGGUGCCAAAAAUUAUGAUCAAUAUGGCACGAUACGGCAGAUUAAGACGUGUUUUGAGGGGUUGCCUAGUAUCGUGCAAGUGGAUUGGAUUCCUGGACUUGUACCGCCAGUGGAGGUCGAGCAGGAGCAGGUGUAG